GCACAUCCCAGCCAGCCUAGUGAUCCUGCCACACCUCGGGGCAAGACCUCACCAAGAUGCCAUCUCAAAUGGAACACACCAUGGAAACCAUGAUGUUCACGUUUCACAAAUUCACUGGGGAUAGAUGCUAUGUAACAAAGGAGGACCUGAGAGUACUCAUGGAAAAGAAGUUUUCUGCAUUUUUGGAAAAUCAAAAAGACACUCUGGCCGAGGACAAAAUAAUAAAGGACCUGGACCAGUGCCGAGAUGGCCAAGUGGGAUUCCAGAGCUUCUUUUUGCUAAUUGCUGGGCUCACUGUCACAUGCAAUGACUUGUAGUACACCUGAAGCAGAAGGGAAAGAAGUAAGCAGUUGAGCAGCUACUUCCUCCCUGGUCAAGAGUCCUUCCUGUGUGUUGUUUAAGGAAUCUCUGCCCCAUAGCCUCCCCCUGUAUGAGGAUUUCAUGAGCAGAUUGAGACCCUUAGAAAAUGUA